AUAAAUAAAUAACGUUAAAAAUGUCGUUGACAAAUUGCGGCCUGUUGGCAGUAAUUAUGCCCUUAAUUGCUAUAGCACUUUUAAUGACCUGUGGUUUUGCCGGUUUCACACAAGCCAGCGUUAUCAGCGAUAUGAAUAAUAUAAUGCGCGAUAUUUCGACGGAAGUAAAUACAUUGCCCUCACCAACUACCAGUACUGACAUGACAACGUCGACAACCAUACGUCAAAUGAUUUUACGAAACAGUGACGGCAAAAAGGAUAACAUUAACCGUGAUAAUUUCGGUAAUGUUGAUGAUGAUAACGAAGAUAGUAUCUCGUAUAGUGAAACAUCCAGUGCUGAACUUUUACGGUUUGUUAACGAAAACGAUAAUAACGAUAACGAUGAUAGCGAUACUAAUGAUUUUAGUGAAGUGAAUGUCUAUAAUAGCAAAAAUAACAAUAAUAAUGAGAUUGUUGCUAACAGUGACAGAUUUGACAAUGAAAUCCCUGUAUCAAACUCAAAAAAUAAUUAUCAAACAAUAAAUGUUAAUAAUAAUAAUGACAAUAAUGAGUAUAUAGAAUCAUUAACUUUAAGAGAUCAAGUGCGUUUAUUGUCGAAACAAUUAAAUGUUUUAAUGAAUCGCCGUCGUGAGGAUUAUGAACUAUUGGAGCGUAAUUUACGUAAAUCUCUAAGGAUUACACAGAACAAUCAACCACAACAACAACAGCAGCAGCAACAAUCAAUUUCAAAUGAUUUGGAUUUACGCAAUGAAUUGGAAAAAUUGAGACAAGAAGUGCAAUCUUUGCGCAAUGGCCAGAUGACGGAUGUUUCGAACAACAAAGAACGUUUAACCAUUGAAUGGUUGCAGCAAUCCAUUGGUGAAUUACGCAAACAACUUGUGGAAUUGCAACAAAUUGCCAGUAAUGCGAUGAGAGAUGUGACAACACGCACCCAAAGUUGGGAAGAUUUAACAACAAUACGUAGUGAUUUUCAACAACUUAAGCUCGAAUUAGCCGCACUUAAAGAACGUCAACAGCAAACCGAUGUCUAUGUGCAGGAAUUGCGUGAGGAGACCGAACAGCAAGAGGAGGAAUUUCAACAUUUUAUAAUGCAAAGCAAACAAAUGUAUGCCAACAAACGAACAGCGAACACUAACAGCAACCAGCCAGAACAGCAGUCAGCAGAAGAUGACAAGACCAUGGAUACGACAACCAGGCGUUUAAGUGCCAGUGAAAGUUUAGAAGGAGAAGAAGUAGAAGAUAAUAAAGAUAUAAAAGAGACAUCUUCACUCACUCAACUGGCUGACCACAGAAGACGCCACUGCCGUUUCCAACGUCAACAACUUCAUGAGCUACAAUUGUCACAGCGUCAACUGAAACGUCAAUUCAAUGAAUUGAAAUAUCAUCGGAUUGCCGAACGUGUACGCAGCAUUGAAAUUGAACAACAUCGUAUAGCUGAUGCCAAUUUUAAUCUAUCACGUCAAAUAGCCUCACUCGAUAAGUUACACUCGUCCAUGCUGGAGCUGCUCGAAGACGUGGAGAAUGUGCAAACGAAAGUGGAUAAAAAUCUACCCGAAUUACGUCACGAAAUCUCAAAAUUGGAAUUUGCCAAUGCCCAGCUAAUGUCCGAACAGAAUUUGGUGCGUGAAGAGGGCAAGAAUGUGGCACGUUCGCUGCAGGCAAUGGCUGUGAGUGUUAGUACUUUGCAGGAUGAACGUGAUGGCAUACGGCGUAUGCAAUCAGGCGUUGGUGAAAUGCGUACAAAAUUGGAUCGUUUGCAAACAAUGGUUGAGGAUGUACAAAGGGCUCUGCAGCAUCGUCAGCAUCGUGGUUAUGGCAACAAGGAUACCAAGAAGUUUUUACACCAUCAUAACAAUACAUCAUUCACCACACAACAACAGCAACAGCAGACCACAACAGGCACACCAACACAAAAUGCUGAAUCCUUAGUUGCCAAAUUGGAAAAUGUUGAAGCACAAUUUGAAUCAAUUAUUGAGAAACUCCCCAAGGAUUGCAGCGAAGUGACACCAACAGCCACAACAGGCAGCAACGUUAAUGGCGGCGGUCUGUAUCUUAUUGCACCUUCGGCCGAACGACGUCCCUUGAUGGCUCACUGCAGCGCUGAUGGUUGGACAACAAUACAGAGGCGUUAUGAUGGCAGUGCAGAUUUCAAUCGUUCAUGGGAGGAUUAUGCCAACGGUUUUGGCUCGCCGGCCGGUGAAUUUUGGAUGGGCAAUGAACAAUUACAUCAUUUGACGCUUAACAAUUGCACACGCCUGCGGGUAGUCAUGCAAGACAUUUACGACAAUGUCUGGCUGGCCGACUAUACACAAUUUUACAUAUCGUCGCGCUCCGAUGGUUAUCGUUUGCACAUUGGUGGCUACAGCGGCAAUGCCUCUGAUGCCUUGGACUAUCAACAAGGCAUGCAAUUUUCGGCCAUCGAUGUUGAUCGUGACAUAUCGCAAACGCAUUGUGCUGCUAACUAUGAGGGUGGGUGGUGGUUCUCUCAUUGUCAGCAUGCAAAUCUAAAUGGUCGCUACAACUUGGGCUUGACAUGGUUCGAUGCGGCUCGUAAUGAAUGGAUUGCCGUCAAGUCAUCACAGAUGAUGGUCAAACGUCAGUCAACGUCCACAUGCAACUACAUACAAGAGUCUUUAGCUAAAGCACAACAGCAGCCACAAGCAUCGGCCACAACAGCCUCAGCGACAAUGACAAUGACAGCAACGACGACGACGACAGCGACACCAUCUUCAACGACAAUAAAUUCUAACAAGUCAAUACCUUUAAAUAACUUAAGAAUAACAGGGCAAACACAGAUUUCAUCGUAG